GCUGCUCCUGUAGCUUUCCAGUUCUCCCGCCCCCCGCCUGCUUCUCCUCCAGGGGCUGGACCUUUUGGCGUGGUUUGAGUUUUUUUUUAAAAAUAAAUAUGUAGACUCUGCCCCCUUUACGUCGAAAUUUGACGUCAAAUCAGUGGAUUAAAAAAAAGUGUCAAAUACUCGCCUGUGCUCCAGUGUGGUAGUUCUUGUUGGAUCAAGAGUGUUGUCAGUGCUAGGGUUUCAGAGGAAUCAAUUUCAGUUUACAAAAAAAGAAAAUGGCUGUGGAAGGAGCGAUGAAGUGCGUCAAGUACUUGAUGUUCAUAUUUAACUUCUUGUUCUGGGUCUCUGGCAUUGCACUUAUUGUGAUUGGUAUUCUGGUGCAGACCAAACUGAAUGGCACUCUGCACAUCACCAGUGUCACUGCUUCUGGAGCUCCUAUCGUCAUCAUCAUCGUUGGGGUGGUCAUCAACUUUGUUGCCUUCUUCGGCUGCUGUGGUGCCUGGAAGGAGAACUACUGCAUGGUGACUACGUUUGCAGUUCUGCUGAUCCUGAUUUUCAUUGUAGAAAUUGCUGCUGCCAUUGCUGGUUACAUCUUCAAGGAUCAGAUCCGUGAGGUCUUUGAGAAAUCGUUUAACGAUACUAUGGCAAAUUACAACAAAACGGGAAACGCUGUUAACAUUGACGAGUUGCAGAAGCAGUUUCAUUGUUGUGGCAGUACCUCCUACAGAGAUUGGCUUACAAUAUUGAACAACACCGUCCCAGAUUCCUGUUGUAAAAAUGAGACUCAAAACUGUGGGAAAACUCCUACUCCGAACAAGGUUUACGAAGCGGGCUGUGUUAGCGUCAUUAACAUGUGGCUCAAAAACAACAUUGUGAUUGUUGCAGGUGUGGCUCUUGGCAUUGCCUUAUUCCAGCUCCUGGGUAUCAUCUUUGCCUGUGUGCUGAUGAAAGGCAUCCGAAGUGGCUAUGAAGUAAUGUAGUCUCCAUCUUUAAAGGCCAAUUCUUGUCUGAUUAUAUAUUUUUGUCUGUAUUUUUGCCACAACUGUGAAUGUUAAUUGCAAUGAAAAAUUAUUUCCUUAAAAGGAAACAAAUGUCUGUACCUUUUUUUUUCUAUCCUGCUUUUGAUUUUUGUUUUUAAAUGUAUAAAUACUAAAAUGUAAAUGUAUUGACUUGCCAAAUGCAGCUCAAAUACAGCUCAUCGCUGGUUUCUUUCAGGCACCUUCAUUCCUCCUUUCAGAGGACGACAAAGAUUUGGCACACUCGUUCUUAUAUAAAAUAGCAACUUCUGUCGGGUAGUCAUUUGGUGUAGGCCAUGGUUUUGGAUGAGGCCUAUUCCCUUGUUGUAGGUGAAUUUGACAGCAUGUGGGUAAAUGCUGCCUUUGAAUUGAGGCAACCGGCUGCUUGCGUUGUCCUUUUGAGUGGCUUCAGUGCUGACUGUUCUUUUUGUGUGCACACACCACACCUCCAUUUAUGGAGGGAACUGUAGGUGCAAAGUGUGAAAGAUUUUAAAACAUUGCCAUUGAUUUAAGGUGUGUAGAGGUCAAGAAUGUCCCUCUGCCUCAGCUUUUUGGUAGCAGCCAAAGGAAUUCAAGCAAUCUCUCUUUUUUUUUGGUCAAAAUUUUGACUGGUUUUUAUUCACCUAUUAAAGGAGCUAGGUAAUUGUGACAUACUUGUGCAUUUCAAAUUGGCCCAUGCCUGUGCCAGCUACCAUCUUGUGCCCUCACCAUCCUAUUGGGUUUUUAUGUCAAUCAAGAUUCUCAUUUCUUCCAAAAAUAUUGUCAAGGCGCAAACUUGAGUCUUUUAGUUUGGAAAGAUUCUCGCCGUUGCAAAAGGGUUGUUCGGUGCCUCAUUCAAGUGCUUGUGAAAAUGCAUGUUUUAAACCUGAUUCUGAUUCCUUUCUGUCCUUGGAAUCCUUUUUUUUUAAUUUCUCUCUCUGUGCAGCUUGCAACCUUCUUGAAUCUUUAAAACUUCAGUGCAUUUACACACACGUUCACUUCUCCAGUAUCCAGGGUAAGGAUAAGAAUUUCCCCUCUGGCUUUGUACUGUGAGCGCUGGGAAGAUUUGUUAACUACAUUGGUGGAAGACAGUGCACCAUAAAGGGAUAUGUAAGAUUCCUCCAAUAGUGUUGUGUGUGUGCACAUGUAUAUUAAUCAGACUCCACUGUGCAAACUCCUGGACUGUGUAUUUUUGGGUCAGUUGCUUGUGUUGUUGCUGCAGCAUGUAGCACUCUAAGCUCUUUUGAAGAUUUGCCUGUGCUGAGAUGUAACAUCUGGUUAACUGCAAAAUGCCCAAUCUUGCAUGUCCUGGUGUCACAGUAGGACCUCUUCCAAAACAUGGCCUGUUCAAUCUUAACAGAAAAUAACUUGAACUAUUUCUUCCUGUGCUCCUUUCUCCCCCUACCUUGAGCUGAUGGGUACCUCGGUUGGGGGUUGGGGGCGGCGGCGAUUGUCAGUAGAGACUUGAAAGCUUUGUGAGAAUGAAGGGGGCUGCCGGAUUUCCUUCUGGAGAUCACUGUCUCCAAGAUGAGAAUCUGACUUUUGGUCUGUUGCCGUCUCAAGUCUUCAGGCCGCAUUUCCUCCAAUUACUUCAGGGAAAUUCUAGAACUUGGGAGUACAUGAUGCAAGGACUCACUCUUGCUGCCACCUCCUCCCUCACAAAUGAGUGUGCUUGACCCAGUUCAGAAUAUUUGGCUCCAACAGAAAUGAAGAGUGGAACUUACCAAGCAUGAAGUGUUUUGGGGGGGGGAGCAGUUUUGGGGGUUAAUCAACCUCUCCCAUGGAUUAUGUCUGCAACAGCUGCUCAAACUUUGUAACCCUGUACAAUAAUGGAGAAUUGGAGACCUCUUGGUAGAAUUUUGAAGUUUGUAUUUUUCUUUUCCUUUUUACAAUCUCUUUAGCAUGUAAAACGUGACCGCAUGCUAUUUUCAAUAUGGCUUCUCAUAUAUUCAAAUGUAGAGAGAUUUUUUUGGUGUUCUCAUGUGGCAAAAUAAACAUUUUCUAAGUUGUG